GAUUCUGAAGAGGGUUUUUCUGUGUGUGACUGUUCAGCGGCCAUGUUAACCAAGAAACCCUGCGCUGCUAUCUACCCAACUGGGGGUGAAGUCUGCCAGCUAGAGUCUUCCCCCGGAAUCGGCGUUGGGGGUCUCCGGGCCGGAGCAGGGACCGACCCUACGUCGCCCGUCACACUACCACCCCUCAGGAACACCAACUCCCUCACGGUUGGAGGCAAUAAGCACACAAUGAAUGACCAUCUGCAAGUCGGAAACCACCAGCAGAUCCACGUUCAACAGCUAUUUGAGGAGAACAGCAACAAACGGACAGUGUUGACUGCACAGCCCAAUGGUUUAACACCGGUGGGCCGGCCAGGUUUGCCCCUGCCAGAUAGGCAGCAGGAGAGCAGCCAGUGUCGGCAGGGUAGUUCAGCCUCUAUAAAAUCCACUGAGAGCAAGCCUAAGCCUGCCCCCUUGACUUCAGACCAGGCCAUGAAGCAGUACAUGGCCAAGCUUACAGCGUUUGAGCACCAUGAAAUCUUUAACUACCCUGAGAUUUAUUUUGUAGGUCCAAAUGCAAAAAAACGGCCUGGUGUGGUUGGGGGGUCAAACAAUGGUGGUUAUGAUGAUGAUCAAGGUUCCUAUAUUCACGUGCCCCAUGACCACAUUGCCUACCGAUAUGAGGUUCUAAAGGUCAUUGGCAAAGGCAGUUUUGGCCAGGUGGUAAAGGCCUACGACCACAAGACCCACCAGCAUGUGGCUCUGAAAAUGGUGCGCAAUGAGAAACGAUUUCACCGGCAAGCAGCUGAGGAGAUUCGUAUACUGGAGCACUUGCGCAAGCAGGACAAGGACUCCACCAUGAAUGUCAUCCACAUGCUGGAGAACUUUACAUUCCGCAACCACAUCUGCAUGACGUUCGAACUGCUCAGCAUGAACCUCUAUGAACUCAUUAAGAAAAACAAGUUCCAGGGAUUCAGCUUGCCACUAGUGCGUAAAUUUGCGCACUCCAUUCUGCAGUGUCUGGAUGCCCUUCACAAGAACAGGAUCAUUCACUGCGACCUCAAGCCUGAGAAUAUCCUUCUGAAGCAGCAGGGACGCAGUGGGAUAAAAGUUAUUGACUUCGGUUCCAGCUGCUACGAGCAUCAGCGGGUCUACACGUACAUCCAAUCACGAUUCUACAGGGCUCCGGAAGUCAUCCUAGGUGCUCGCUAUGGGAUGCCUAUCGACAUGUGGAGUCUAGGGUGCAUAUUAGCAGAACUACUCACAGGGUACCCUCUCUUGCCUGGGGAAGACGAAGGGGACCAACUAGCUUGUGUCAUAGAGCUCCUGGGAAUGCCCUCCCAGAAGCUGUUGGAUUCAUCCAAGAGAGCCAAAAAUUUCGUCAGUUCAAAAGGAUACCCCCGAUACUGCACGGUUACAACUCUGCCGGAUGGCUCAGUGGCUUUGAGUGGGGGAAGGUCACGCAGGGGUAAGCUUAGGGGCCCUCCUGGAAGCAAGGACUGGGUGACAGCACUCAAGGGCUGUGAUGACCCCCUCUUCUUGGACUUCAUUAAACAGUGCCUAGAGUGGGAUCCAUCCUUACGUAUGACCCCUAGUCAGGCUCUCCGUCACCCAUGGCUCAGGAGACGCUUGCCAAAACCUCCCACAGGGGAUAAGACCUCCGUAAAAAGGAUCACUGAGGGUUCUGGUGCUAUAACGUCUAUCUCCAAAUUACCUCCCACCUCAGGCUCAGCCUCAAAGUUACGGACUAACCUGGCACAAAUGACAGAUGCCAAUGGGAAUAUUCAACAAAGGACAGUGUUGCCAAAAUUAGUCAGUUGA